CUUCUUUAAGAGAGGAAAAUAAUGCUCUAAAAAAACUUAUUAACCCUAGUAAGUAGUAGCCCUACUUGCUCUCUACCUCUCCUCAAAACUAAAUCGCAAUUACUCCUUCCUCACCGGCACCGGCUCCCGUAUUCCUUCCGCUCCGCCAUUCCUUCCUCUUCGGCCACCGCUAUUCUCUCCACAGUUCCCACCACUGCAGAGUUCUCUUUCUCCUCCCUUGAAGUUGAGGUUAAUAUGGUUCAUAGCAGUGGAAGGAAAUCCAGAUCAAAAAACCAAGGUAUCCAAUUUGUGCCUGCUGAGCCAGUUCCUUUGAUGAGUAGUCUUGAUCAACUAGCUACUGUUGCUUCAGAAGGAGAGGAAGAAACAAAUAAUAUUUCAAAUAGGAAAUUGAUCCAAUCAAAGGAGGAACAAAUGGAUGUAAUAUUAUCUGAAUCAUUUGAUGAUGGAAAUUCAGAAAAGGGGCGAAAUGCACAUGAAGUCAAUGGUAUUGAAAAAAAUAUUUUAACUGGGAUAAAUGUUGAAAAAACUGAUGAUGUUUUUACAGAAGGAACUAUAGACAAUGACAAAGACGUUAAUGAUAGGGGUGACACAGCAAAUAAUGUAAGUGGAGAAGUCAAUAAAGAAAGAAUUUAUGAGGGGAAGCCAGCGGAAGAUGAAGCUCCAGUGGAUGGGCUUAACAACUACAAUGCUAGUACUGGGGAUGAAGGGGAGCAUGUAAAUAAUUUCGAGAAAGCAUCAGAUGUGGAUACCACAUUAGUUAAAGAGCUCAAAGCAGAUAAACAGGAAAACUGUAAAGAGACUGCCGAAGCGAAAACUUCUGUAAAGGUCAAUAAGAAACGAAACAAAAUUCGGAAAAAAAAGGCUCUACGAACGGAUGAAAUAUUAUCUGAAUCUUUUCACGAUGGAAAUCAAGAAAAGGGGCGAAAUUCACAUGAAGUCAAUGAUAUUGAAAAAAAUAUCUCAACUGAGAUAAAUGUUGCAAGAACUAAAAAUGUUUUUGCACAAGAAAGAACUAUAGAUGAUGACAAAGAUGUUAAUGAUGGGGGUGAGACUGCCACUAAUAUAAGUGGGGAAGACAAUGAAGAAAGAAUUAAUGGGAAGCUAGAGGAAGAUGCACCAGUUGAAGGGCUCGACAACAACAUUGCUGUUACUGAAGAUGAAAGGGAGCAUGGAAACAAUGUAGAGAAGGCAUCAAAUGCGGAUGACACAUUAGUUAAGGAGUGCAAAGAAGAUAAACACGAAAAUGGUGAAGAGACGGCUGAAGUGAAGAUUUCUGUAAAGGUCAAAAAGAAACGAAAUAGCAAAAAGAAGGCUCUACAAAUCCUUUCAAGUGUAGCAACCAUAAACAAUGCUCAAAAGCCGGAGACAGAAAUUGAUGAAUUGGCAAGUAAAGAGCCUAUCAGAAUUGAUACGCCUAUCGGAAUUGACAAGAUGUCUGUAGAGAAGGCAUCAAAUGUGGAUGAUGCAUUAGUUAAAGAGUGCAAAGAAGAUAAACAUGAAAAUGGUGAAGAGAUUGCUGUAGUGGAGACUUCUGUAAAGGUCAAUAAGAAACGAAAAAGAAAUAGGAAAAAGAAGGCUCUACAAAUCCUUUCAGGUGUAGUGACUAUGAACAAUGCUCAAAAGCCGGAGACAGGAAUUGAUGAAUCGGCAAGUAAAGAGCCUAUUAGAAUUGAUACGCCUAUUGGAAUUGACAAGACGUCUGUAGAGAAGGCAUCAAAUGCGGAUGGCACAUUAGGUAAAGAGUGCAAAGAAGAUAAACACGAAGAUGGUGAAGUGACUGCUGAAGUGAAGACUUCUGUAAAGGUCAAUAUGAAACGAAACAGAAAGAGGAAAAAGAAGGCUCUACAAAUCCUUUCAGGUGUAGUGACUAUGAACAAUGCUCAAAAGCCGGAGACAGGAAUUGAUGAAUUGGCAAGUAAAGAGCCUAUCAGAAUUGAUAUGCCUAUCGGAAUUGACAAGACGUCUGUAGAGAAGGCAUCAAAUGCGGAUGACGCAUUAGUUAAAGAGUGCAAAGAAGAUAAACAGGAAAAUGGUGAAGAGACUGCUGAAGUGAAGAUUUCUGUAAAGGUCAAUAAGAAACGAAACAAAAUUAAGAAAAAGAAUGCUCUACAAAUCCUUUCAGGUGUAGUGACUAUGAACAAUGCUCAAAAGCCGGAGACAGGAAUUGAUGAAUUGGCAAGUAAAGAGCCUAUCAGAAUUGAUAUGCCUAUCGGAAUUGACAAGACGUCUGUAGAGAAGGCAUCAAAUGCGGAUGACGCAUUAGUUAAAGAGUGCAAAGAAGAUAAACAUGAAAAUGGUGAAGAGACUGCUGAAGUGAAGAUUUCUGUAAAGGUCAAUAAGAAACGAAACAAAAUUAAGAAUCAGAAGGCUCUACAAAUCCUUUCAGGUGUGGCGACUAUAAACAAUGCUCAAAAGCUGGAGAUGGGUAUUGAUGAAUUAGCAAGUAAAGAGCCUAUCAGAAUUGAUACGCUUGGGAAAAACAAGGAUAUACACAUCCUUUCAGGUAUAGCGACUGUAGAGGAUGCUCAAAAGCCAGGUUCAGGUAAUGACAAAUUGGCAAGUAAAGAGCCUAUCGGAAUUGACAAGCCAGCUGUGGAACAUGAAGAGGUUCCCAAAGGUGCAAACAAGUCCAACCCAUCGAAGGAUGGUAAAUCAUCAGAGAAAAAUGACUGCAUGGGGAUGAUUUUCUUGUGCAAUUCAGACACAAAAAAGGAUUGUUAUCGAUACAGAGUUUUUGGGAUACCUGUUCAUACGAAAGAUUUGGUUAACAAGGGCAUGAGGCUGUUUCUGUUUGAUGUUGACCUUAGAAUGAUGUACGGAAUCUACAGGGCUUGUGGCCCAGGGUGUUUCAAUAUUGAACCCAGUGCUUUCAACUCACAAUUUCCUUGUCAGGUUCGAUUUACUUAUGUUAUUGAUUGUAAGCCAUUAGCUGAGGAAAUAUUCAGAGAAGUUCUCAAGGAAUUUCACUACACACCCACCGAUUACAAUUUUCCGCUGAACCAAGAGCAGGUGGCAAACUUGUGUAAGCUUUUCCGCAAGAACAGUAAGAAAUUUAAACGCACUGAAGCACCUGUUACCAGAUCAUCUGCAAAAUCAGCAAGUGGAAACCAAGUAGCAGCUGCCGCAAGCUCAUCUGCGCAGCUAGACAGGAAGAGGAAAAGGGAAGAGGAUAGCCAUUUAGAGCAGAAAAGAAGCAAGCUUACUUAUGAUCCUUCUUCUGAUAGACUGUACGCAGAGUAUUACAGAGCUGCUGAAAACCAUCCUCCUGCGCCUUUGUAUCGUAGCUAAUAGCUAUUCAUUCUGGGGAGCAACAGAUUAACUGUCCUUGAGUGGUUUACCAUAUAUGGCGGUUGACAGAAUUUGAUGGCAUAUCCAUUUUUAUUUAUGGAGAUUUAGUCUUUGUUCUCCAUUAGCGUUGUAGGAAAUGUUCAUUUGUUUGUCUUUCUAUAUCAUCUAAAAAAUUUUGUUUUCGUCUUUCUAAGCCUAAAUGGUAAUGUUUAUUCAAAUUUUUGUUAUGUGCCGCCCAUCUUCGAAGUGAUUUCGAUUCACAAGUUCUCCUAAAGCUCUUGUUAAUUACUUAA